CUUUGACACACCUCCUCAGCCACCAUUGCUGCCAAUGCUUUUCUACGGAAACAUCGGCGCGUGGAUCACCAUCGAUGGUAAUGGGCACCUCGAAGAACAUGGUGUGGACUUCGACGAUAGAGAGAAAACAGUAACCUGCUACAUUGCUUCGGAAGAAGGCAAAAGUUUCCAAGUUCAUUGGUGCGAUAGGUCCUUUGAGUGUCCCACAAGGGGCCGGAUAUAUAUAGACGGACGAGCUAUGGGAGGAAAGAUCAUAUCUGGAAGGACAGUUAACCGGAGUGUAAUCAAGAAGGGAUUCAGAACUGCAGGGAAUACGAGAAUGCCCUUUGUGUUUUCGAAAUUAAAGCUCACCGACAUCGAGGAUGCAGUCAGUUUGUCUACAGAAAGUCCUGGAGAAAUAGACUUGAUUAUCAUACGCGUCAGGUUACGAAGCAGGAAACUAUAUGACAAGUCGCAUACUGCACCUGAAACUUUGGAGUUCAACGAGAAAGAUGUCAAAGGCUCCGCGCAUAACACAACGUUCGGGAAGCCUGUCGUCGAUAGUAGGAGUGUUUUAGAGCAUGAGACGGAACCGUACGGUGAUCCUAUCGCCCGCUUUCGUUUUCGAUAUAUGCCAAUAGAUUUACUUCGAGCAAAGGAUAUAGCACCAUACCCACCCCGCAAAGGCCGUCUUCAAGUCGACGAAGAAGAGCUUAAACCUCACUUCCCUAUUGACCUUACAACGAAUGAUCUAGCUCCAAUACGGUCUGCUUCUUCAGCCUCAACUCUCGUCAAUAGUUCUAAUUCUAGAAAUGUUUCCGUCAUUCCGGCCAGUAGUAGAGGAAGCUCUGUGACUCUCGCUGGUUCUCCUGCGAUACCAGUGAAAAGAGAAAAGUUCGACACACUCUCGACUUCUGCGAGUUCAGCCCCGUCAAGAGCUGUGAAACGGGAAAAGUUAGAACCACCCUUGGCUUACGCUAGUACAUCGAGAGCUGUCAAACUGGAGCCCCUUGACUCAACUUCCUUCAGAAAGCCAGCUGGUGUAGUCCCCACUUCAUAUGAAGUCAUUGACCUGACGCAUUUAUAACGUAUCCUCAUCCUUUUCUUUUGGUAUUUUACAUUGCAUCACUCUGCCGCCGACGUACAUGCAUAUCUGUAUCUAUCUCACAUGUACAUAAGUAAAUUUCCGCAGUAUAUCUUCAAUGAAAAGGUGCUUUUGUCUCUUGGCCAAUGAACAUCA